AUGAAGAGCCAGGAACAAGCGGGCCAGGCCCUGGCGAGAAACACGACAGUGGGAAUUGUCACUGCCAUGGCCGAGGGAGUCGGCAAGUGGAGCUGGUGGCGAGCAGGGGCUGGCACAGGCACUGGGAUGGACAUGCUGGCUGGGCCAGAUGGUUCGAGAACGCGUUUGUGCGGUAGCAUGAGUAGGAAGUUGGAGGUGGAAGCGACUGGACCGUCGCACAGCGGGCACAGCGCACAGGCACGCAAGGGUGUGAUUACGUCACGCAUGGCGCCGCAUGUGCUCUGUAAGCACCCGCUGCACGACUGCACCAGCGGCGCAUGA